AUGGAUAAUAGCUCGCUUUUCGAUGUUAAAGGCAAAGUCGUCCUCGUCACAGGCGGCGCGAAAGGCAUUGGUCGCAUGAUUAGCGAGGGUUUCAUCCAGAAUGGCGCCACCGUAUACAUCUCUUCGCGCGAUGCGAAGGCUUGUGAGCAAGCGUGCAAGGAACUGAACGCGCUCGGACAGGGCAAGGCCGACUUCAUCGCUGCGGAUCUGUACAAGGAAGAUGCAGCAAAGUACAUAGCCGACGAGCUGAAGAAGAGAGCAGGCAAGCUUGAUGUCAUCGUCAACAACAGCGGAAGUAACUGGGGCGAGUCUUACGACAACUAUCCCUCCGCCGCAUGGGACCGCGUCCUCAACCUCAACCUGAAGCGCGUCUUCCAGCUUACCCAAGCCGUCACGCCCCUCCUCGAAGCCGCCUCGACCCCUACAUCUCCCGCCCGCAUCAUCAACAUCGGUAGCGUCGACGGUCUGCGCGUCCCCGCCCUCGAGACAUUUGCCUAUUCCGCCUCCAAAGCCGGUCUCCAUCACAUGAGCAGAGUACUAGCAAGUCACCUCGGCAAGCGCGGCAUCACGAGCAACACGAUCGCGUGCGGUCCCUUCCAAAGCAAGAUGAUGAAGGCUACAUUGGAGAAGUUCAAGGAUGUCAUUGAGAGCGGGAUACCCUUGGGACGCAUUGGCAGCCCAGAGGAUGUUGCAGGUACAUGCAUUUGGUUAUCAAGCCGAGCCGGAUCAUAUGUCAACGGCGCUACUAUCGCGCUGGACGGUGGUAGUGUCGUCGGCGCGAAGUUGUAA